CCUCAUGUAGGUCGAACAGGUAUUCCAGCUCAAUUCUGUGGACUUGGGAUAUAUCAGUUGUCUCGGAAUUCUAAGUGACAUCAUCCCAACACCCAUCAACUUCUUCCUCCUUAGUACAAGAGUUGCCCGAUCGUCACCAUGGCCGGCUUCCCAAAGCUCAUCCCCGCCUUCACGGUCCAAGUUGCGAUCGAACCCCCAAAAGCCAUCUCUUCCUCCCUGACGGUCGUCCCCUUCCUCUCGACGGGGGGCACCAUCGUCUCGGAGCCGUCGUACCCGAUCAAGCUCGACGCCGCGAUCGAGCACGGCGCCGACUACAUCAAGGCGGCCCCCGACGGCCGCCACGUCCGGCUCGACGUCCAGAGCACCGCCCGCGACGCCGCCACGGGCUCCCUCCUGCGCUUCAUGUACCGCGGCAAGAUCGCCACCACGGGCGACGCCGGCCGCGUCCUGAGGGGCGAGGAGAAUGCGGGGACCACCGACUUUGGGGAGGCUUUCUCCAUUGUCGAAUUUGAGGUCGGGAGCAAGGAACUGGCGGCACUGGAGGAAAAGGUGUACGUUGGUUCGGGCCGCUUUGUCUUCGAGCCCGGGAAGCCGACCAUUGUCGAGUACAAGGUCAGCGAGGUUGCCGCGUAGGUGGGACGGCCUGGCAUUGGGGGAGUGUGGAAAGGCUUGCUUUUGAUCCGGCUACCUCUGGUAACGUCGCUGUGAAAACCGAUGCGAUAUACUGUGAUUUGUAUGCUUAACGACACAAACCCAUUGAACUGAUUCUGGU